AUGAAGGCCGAGAAGGACAAUGAGACAUGGAUAAACAGAUAUAUAUUUCGGAGUGGGGCGAAGGUGGAGAACGUCUACAGGAAAACGUACGAGACACUGAACAACCCGGAGCCUGUUGGGAAUCCACAGAUUGAAGCGUUCUACAAUAGGAGGAAGUCGGCAAUAAAGGAUAUUGCAAAAAUUAUCCAAGACCUAAGGACUCUGCAAUUGGACUCAAUAACUAUUGAGCUGUGGAAACGCGCUGCGAGUAUAACGAAGGCAACAAAGCGGUGCACUGUUGAUAAGAAGAGUUCAGUGCUCCCCUUUGCGAUAUACAGUACACAACAGGCGAUUAAGGCUCUCGAGAGGCCCACGAGUAGUGAGUUGCUCGAAGAGGCAAGCGAGCUAUUUAAAUAUCUCAAGGGACACUACGAGAUUCCAAAGGAUGUGUAUGAACUCAUUCUGGUGCAGAGGGAGGAUAUCAAGGACGUCCUGUAUGCCAGUCGAGCCGACCCGAGUCUGCAGGAGCUGUGGGCAAAGAUUACCGCAAUGACGAAGAGAGCCAACACCACCAGCACUAGUAGGCCAAAAAAACUGUUACGUGCCAAGACCAUACUGUACCACGCAGUCAAUUUUCAAGAGCAGCGGCCACAAACAUGGAAAGAAAAGAUAUGGGAUGCAAAUCCCCCAGUGUACAAUAGUGAUGAGUAUGAGGUAUCAAGCCCAGACGAAUUCACAUCAGACAGCAACAUGGUCUCCGAACAGAACGCGCAAGUAGACACCCAGGGCAUCCAUAACGACCUCCAGGCCAUUCAUGCCGACCUUUCUGACCUCUCCGACCUCACAGCUCGGAUUAACAACGCACACGACAUGAUCAUAGAGAUUCAUAGUUUUUUUUAA